CGCUAUGGACUAGAAAGCUUGUACGUCUAGUGAUAUGUCCCGAGAAAACAAAAUGGGGAGAGAGAAAUCGUUUGACAUAGGCAAGACGGAUUUUUCCCUGGACAAACCAAUUGAGGAGUAUCGCUCGAAACAAAGUCAAGCCUUCAGCUCUGGAGAAGAAAGUAGUAGAAGAUCGAAGUCAAUCGACGUAGGCAGAGCUCAUUUUUCUCUCGACAAACCGAUUGAGAUGUUUGAUUCCAAACACAGCCAAGCCUCUGGGUCUACACAAGCUACAGCUGAAGCAACAUUUUCGUCCCCAAAACUGUUAACAAGACAAUGUUCAUGGAUACAGGAAGAAGAGAACUGUGAGGAAAAACCCUCUUCCUUUAGUGGACUAGAGUCGUACACCCCUCAACUCGUACAACUUACAAGAAAUAGACCGCCUCGCUCUAGAACACGCCGUCCAACGAAAAACGUUACAGCAAGCACAGACACGGGAGAAAUUACGACGCAAUUUCCUGGCUUAAAAGCUCCUGAGCCAUCUGUUAAGGGCAAGAAGCCGCUUAGGAAUAUUAACACCAACUAUCACUGAUAGUAUUAAACA